CUGCCAGCGUGACGUAUAAUCUAGUGGACGGUUCUUCAGAAACUGCUCGUCAACCACCUCGGUAGCUUGCUAGUCAACAUAGCCGAAAGAUUCAAGCUAUUUAGACGCUUUCGGUGUACGUUAACUACUGUGUUUUAGACACACUUCUGUCGUAUCUACUUGUUAACCUAUUUAAUUUAAUAUUGCGUUAUUUUGUAUUAGUCAGCUAUAGUAGCUGGCUGGUUAAGUUACCACUAGCCUAGUUGCUAAUGAUAGCUAGCUAACAUCCCCGACCAUGAGCUCCCUAAACUACUCUCCUCCGGUUAAAGAAGAGGAGGUCUGCUGGACGGAGAAAGAGGGUCUGUGGCAGAUCAUUGUUGUGAAAGAUGAAAAGGAAGAGGAGGAUGUUACAGUAAAACAAGUAGAGGGUGAUGCUGUUACAGUGAAAGAAGAAGAGAAAGACGUUUCAGUGAAAGAAGAGGAAGACUCGUUCAGAGUGAAAGAGGAUGAUGUUACAGUAAAAGAAGAGGAGGAUGCAGUUUUUGGAGUGAAGAAGGAAGGGGAGAUUACUGUCACAUUGAAAGAUGAAGAGGUGGAGAUAGGAGAUCUGAUUAUCACCAGAGAGAGACGGGACUAUCGUGGAUCCUCUGUGGAGCCUCAACAACAUUAUGAUGCUGAUGCGGCAGAGAAGAGUCUCAACAGAUCAGAACACCUCAAAAAACAACAGCAGAGACCCACAGGGAAGAAAUCUCACUGCUGCUCUGAUUGUGGGAAAAUAUUCAACUCUUCAUCAGACCUUAAAAUACAUCAAAGAAUUCCCACUGGAGAGAAACCUUAUGGCUUUGAUCAAUGUGUGAACAGUUUUACUGGGUCAAGCUGUCUCACUAUUCAUCAGCGAAUACACACAGGAGAGAAACCAUAUAGCUGUGAUCAAUGUGGAAAGGGUUUUGGCACAUCUCGCGGUCUGACAAAACACCAGAGAACACACACAGGAGAGAAAUCUUAUAUCUGUGAUCAAUGUGGGAAGAGAUUUACUCUGCUAAACAGCCUGAUAGUACACCAGCGUACACACACAGGAGAUAAACCUUAUAGCUGUGAUCAAUGUGGGAAGAGUUUUACUACAUCUAGCUAUCUAACUAUACACCAGAGAACACAUACAGGAGAGAAGCCAUAUAGCUGUGAUCAAUGUGGUAAGGGUUUCGGUACAUCUGGCUGUCUGACAAAACACCAGAGAACACACACAGGAGAGAAACCUUAUAGCUGUGAUCAAUGUGGAAAGAGUUUUACUCAGUCUACCAGCCUGACAUCACACCAGAGAACACACACAGGAGAUAAAGCUUAUAGCUGUGACCAAUGUGGGAAGAGUUUUUGUUCAUCUGGCCGUCUGGCAACACACCGGAGAACACACACAGGAGAGGAACCUUAUACCUGUGGUCAAUGUGGGAAGAGUUUUACUCAGUCAACCAGCCUGACAUCACACCAGAGAACACAUACAGGAGAGAAACCUUAUAGCUGUGAUCAAUGUGGGAAGAGUUUUGGUACAUCUGGCUGUCUGACAAAACACAGGCGAACACACACAGGAGAGAAACCUUAUAGCUGUACUCAAUGUGGGAAGAGUUAUACUCAUUCAACCAGCCUGAUAUCACACCAGAGAACACACACAGGGGAGAAACCAUAUAGCUGUAAUCAAUGUGGGAAGAGUUUUGCUUCAUCUGGCCUUCUGACUGUACACCAGAGAAUACACACAGGAGAGAAACCUUAUUGCUGUGAUCAAUGUGGGAGAAGUUUUACUCAGCUAAGCAGCCUGGUAUCUCACCAGAGAACACACACAGGAGAGAAACCACAUAGCUGUAAUCAAUGUGGGAAGAGAUACUCUGAUAAAAGAUCUCUGAUCAAACAUCAGAAAAUACAUGUUGUUUCAUGAUAUCAAUGAAAUAAUGUAGAAUGUUUUCAAUAUUGUCGAAGUAUUUUAGUCAUGUCACAAUAUAGAAUGUUUAAACAUUGUAGGAGCAGUAUUCUAAUGAUGUCACAAUGUAGAAUGUUUAAACAUUGUAGGAGCAGUAUUCUAAUGAUGUCACAAUGUAGAAUGUUUAAACAUUGUAGGAGCAGUAUUCUAAUGAUGUCACAAUGUAGAAUGUUUUAACAUUGUAGGAGCAGUAUUUUAAGGAAUGUCAGAAUGUAGAACCCUAAACGUUUGCUCUGAAUUGAAAGAGUACUAUUUAUGAGAUUUAACAAAAAUUGUCUAACUUGGCUAUUCCCAUUUAGCAAAAGGUAAUUCGUUGAAAACUGAAAGUGAAAGUUGAUACGAUGUCUUUGGGUCUUUUUUUCAAUGACUUGAAAACAACUUAAAUUCAACAUACAUGCAGCCUAUACACAUGGACGCAAUAUAAUAAAUUGGUCUAUAAUCAAUUUUAUUAGCAAUCUUACAUCACUCCAGCAUUUCUUUACAUCCAAGUGCCAAAUGUCUUUAUUCCACAACUGAAGAAGAGUGAUGCAAAUCACCUCAUAUUUCAAACAUCCAGCCUGACAAAAUAUACAUUUUUUAUCAGUCCAUGUUUACAAAGGGGUGUCCAUUUGUUUUGAUAUUUCAUAUUUACAAUUCAUGUAACAUAUUUAGUAAUCAUAAUUUUUCAUGCAACCAAAUGACUAUUUUUUGUGUACAAUUAUAUUGGAAUUGUUGUCCUGCUUUUAGAAUAGCAGGGAUCAUUCUCAGAUGUUCCAACCCAAAUGUACUAGAGCAUGACAUUGGGGACUGGGCCCCGAUCCAACAACAUGCCUAUCAAGAAAUUGCAGGAGUUUGCUCUUGAAAUCAGACAUGACUAAUACAAUUUGAUUUGAGUUUUCUUUGGGCUCGUUUCAAGGGGAUGAGAGUUCUAGAAGCUAGUGAGUUCUUCGAUUCUAUAGGAAGAAAAAGGAGAAAAAAAAUAUGAUUGUAUAGUAUCAUUUAGAAGUACAUGUUUUUUCUUGUUUUUAAUUGUUGACAGCCAGUAGACACCAUGUUUAUAUUGUAGAAGGUGAAGCAUUGUAGUAGAUUAUAAUGUGAAUUGUAAGUUGUUUUCUGUUGGUGGUAAGCAAACUUGUCCAACAAAAAUAUAGGUUAUAUUUGUUGUCGUGAGGGGGAUGGUGUUACAGGCUUUGGUUUUUCCAUUUACGUUUUGAGGUUGGACUUUAGGACAUAAAGCUCGUCAGCCCGUAGGACGCACUGAUUGGUGUCACCUCGUUAGUCAGUAUGUGUUACACCUGUGCUGGCUUGUCCAUCUUGUUAGUGGGAAGGUGUUUCACCUGAGCUGGUCCAGGUUCUAUUUAAGAGUGUCUGGCCCAGUGCUACAGUGGUCUUGAUAGAUGUUGAGAGUCAACAGCUUUUUGGUUUACUUCCUGUCUUAAAGUUUGGUGUGGGUUUUUCUUUUGUUUGCCUCUUCUUGGGCAGAUUUGAUGGGUCUCAUGGUGGGUGUCUUUUAGGUCCCAGUUGUUGUUACUAGUCAACUUUCAGUGGACACCCCCAUAGUCUUUCAGGACCCCUCCUUUAAAAACAAGCUUAUAUUUUAGGUUGGAUAUUAAAAUCCAAUUGGUCAUAUUUUAAUCAAUGGCAUUUCCUUAGAAUGCUCAAGUCUUUCAGUUGUUAUUCUGUUUUUUAUCCUCUUAUGUUUGUGUACUAUAUAUUUCUGUUUCUCAUAGUUUUUUCUAAUGAAGCCAUUGUGUUGGAUCCAUGUCUGAAAUGUGCUGUGGAAAUAAAGCUUGAUUUGAUUUGAA